UCACAGGGAGCACCACCAGGGAACAUCUUGGGGAUCCUGGCUGGAAAUAGGGGGCUAGAUCCUCCAGCUGCCGGUGCCUCUGCUGUCCUACCCCAGGGGGCCUCGCCCGCACACUCCUCGCGUUUGAUUGCAAAGAGGGCCGCGUGGAGGAAGGGGUUACACCGUUUGGCCUGGCAGAAACUCCGCUGAGCAGAACUUGCCAGGAUGCUUCUCCUGUUGCUCGGGAUCAUCGUCCUCCACGUCGCGGUGCUGGUGCUGCUGUUCGUCUCCACGAUCGUCAGCCAAUGGAUGGUGGGCAAUGGACAUGCUACUGACCUCUGGCAAAACUGCACCACCUCCCCGUCGGGCAACGUGCAGCACUGCUUCAUGUCGUCAGCAAACGAAUGGCUGCAGUCCGUCCAGGCCACCAUGAUCCUGUCGGUCAUCUUCAGCGUUCUGUCUCUGUUCCUGUUCUUCUGCCAGCUCUUCACCCUCACCAAGGGGGGCCGGUUUUACAUCACCGGCGUCUUCCAGAUCCUGGCUGGUCUGUGCGUGAUGAGCGCAGCGUCCAUCUACACAGUCAGGCACCUGGACUGGCAUUACGGCUCGGAGAACUCCUACGGCUUCGCCUACAUCCUGGCCUGGGUGGCCUUCCCGCUGGCGCUCCUCAGCGGCGUCGUCUACGUGAUCUUGCGGAAGCGGGAGUGAGGCGCCGGGAGGGGACGUCCGGGGCUCUGAGCGCGCGCGGGGAGGGAGGAAGCAAACCGGGAGCCGGGAGCAACCAAAAGAGCCGCCCAAACACCCAACGCCAACCAAACCAAACAGAAAGCAGCGGGGGGGUCGUGAGUGUUGACUGAAGAUGUAUAUAAUAUUGACGGUUUAUAAAACCUAUUUAUAACACUUUUUACAUAUAUGUACAUAGUAUUGUUUGCUUUACGUGUUGACCAUCAGCCUUAGGUUGAACCUUAAAGAAAUAGCUAAGGAACUUGACAUCCUAACUCUAUAAUCGAGCUCAGAUUUUUGUUGUGUCGUGUUUUUCGUUCUUUGGUUGGUUUUGCCCAGAAAUACAAGAAGUCCAUCUCACCCCUUCCCGUUCGUCUAGGAGAUACCUCCCUCCCACGCCACCUCAUUUAGGACCCCCCAGUGUGGGGAGAAACCCCGCAUGGCCCAAAGCCCUUUCCCUGUGGGUGACCCGCGUGUGACACACGGACACGCACUGCCCACGCCUCCGGGCACAGCCUUACCUGCACUCGGACAAAACCCCCGAACUGGAGCCCUCGGAGAAUCACGGCUCGUGGCUUUGGAACGCUCGCCCUUGAGGGCGGGGUCCCGCAGUCACGCCUCUAGAUGAGAAUUCGGUGACAACAACCUACGAAGUGGUGCUAUUAUUGACCAUUCCUUAUGAUCACUAAUCAUCUAAACUUCUCACUGGAAAUUCAAUUAACAAUUUGACGACAGAAAGUCAAACGGAGACCUGAAUAAUUCUGUGUAAUAUAAAUGGUUUAUAACUGCUUUCGUGCCUAGCUAGGCUGCUAUGAUUACCAUAGAAAAUAAAUAAUAAGCCCCAGCCUCUAUCAUCCCAACAUGAUCCGCAUGGUUGGAGCAUUAGGACAAGCCUCUAGACCCCCUGGGACGGUGGGUUCCAGGCGCAGCAGGGUCUAGGCUGUCCUGCGUCUCCAAGGACUGUCUGGCAAUGACUCGUACUGGCCACCAACUGUACAUGUAUAUAUGGUGCCCUUCUGAUGCUAAGACUCCAGACCCUUCUCUUGCUUUUUUCCUUUUUGCUUCGCUUUUUUUCUGAUUUUAUACCAACUGUGUGGACUAAGGUGCAUUAAAAUAAACAUCAGAGUAACUCA